AAACAACACUGACGUGAUCCCUCCCCUCUUCUCCUGCAUAAAACCUUCCCCACCACCGCGCCCCUUCUCCAUUCCUUCCAUCAUGGCUCAAUUCAAUGCUUUCUCCCUCUUCAUCAUCGCCAUUUUCUCCUCCGCCUCUCUCUUCUCCCUCGCUUCCCCUCGCGCCAUUUCCCUGCAAACCCAAGUCCUCGACGUCGCUUCCGCUAUCCAGAAGACUCUUCACUUCCUGUCUCCCACUUUCCGAGACCAAAAGAAGAGUUCCAAUUCUUCUUCUUCUUCUUCUUCGUUUUCGCUGUCGGUUCAUCCCCGGAGCUCUCUGGUGAGGCCGCACCAGCGGGACUAUGGGGAUCUUAUGACGGCCCGGUUGGGUCGGGACUCUGUUCGGGUGUCCUCGCUGGAUGCGAAGCUCCGGGUUGCAGUGUCCGGGUUGAGCCGGGCGGAUUUCAGGCCGGUUCAGACGGCGGUUCGGCCGGAGGAUUUGGAGAGUCCGGUGACGUCCGGAGUGAGUCAGGGGAGUGGGGAGUAUUUUGCCCGGUUGGGUGUGGGUCAACCCGCUAAGGACUUUUACAUGGUGAUUGAUACUGGGAGUGAUGUGACUUGGCUUCAGUGUGAACCUUGCUCGGAUUGUUAUUCCCAGACCGACCCGAUUUUCAACCCGGCUCAGUCCACCUCGUACCGCCGCUUACCCUGCCAAGCCGCCCAGUGCUCGGCUCUUGAAGUCUCGGCUUGCGGCACCGACUCGUGUCUCUACCAGGUCUCCUACGGGGACGGGUCGUUCACGAUCGGGGAGUUCGGCACCGAAACGGUGUCGUUUGGGAAGUCCGGGACGGUCCCCAAUGUGGCCAUCGGGUGUGGCCAUGAUAACGAAGGGCUGUUCGUAGGCGCGGCGGGGCUGAUAGCUCUCGGAGGCGGGACUAUGUCUUUACCGUCGCAAAUCAAAGCGACGUCGUUUUCAUACUGCCUCGUGGACCGAGAUUCGGGCUCGUCCUCCACUCUCGAGUUCAACUCGGCCCGGCCCGGCGACUCGGUUCUCGCGCCCCUGCUCCGCAACUCGAAAAUCGAUACAUUCUUUUACGUGGGCCUCACCGGGAUCAGCGUCGGCGGCGAUAUGCUCUCCAUCCCGCCCUCCGUCUUCCAACUCGACGGCAGUGGAAACGGCGGAAUCAUCGUCGACUCCGGCACCGCCGUGACCCGCCUCCAGUCCCAGGCCUACAACACCCUUCGCGACACCUUCAAGAAGUACACCAAGAACUUGCCGGCCUCCGGCGACUUCGCCAUCUUCGACACCUGCUACGACCUCUCAUCCAUGACCAAAGUUUCCGUCCCCACCAUCGGAUUCCAUUUCUCCGGCGAGAAAACGCUGAUGUUGCACCCUAAGAACUACCUGAUCCCGGUCGACUCCGCCGGAAAAUUUUGCUUGGCCUUCGCUCCGACGUCCGGAUCACUGUCAAUCAUCGGUAACAUCCAGCAGCAGGGGACACGUGUCAGUUACGAUCUGGCCAACAAACUCGUCGGGUUCAGCCCGGAUAAAUGCUAGGAUUGCUUUGCUAGUGAUAAAGUUAGCAAUUUAAAUGUUUAUUUUAAAAUUAAGAAAAUAGUUACUUUUGUUUAAAGCAGGAAAAAAAAAAUAAAGGUAGAUGUGGCUUGAUUAAGUAUAGUAAUUUUGCCUUGAAAAACUGAUUUGGUUGCUGAAUUUUAAGGAAAAAGUUGGGAAAUGUAUAUGAUAAUAUGAAUGUUUAAUUAUUUAUUACAUCUCUCUCAAAUUCCUUA